AUGUACAGAAACAUCCCCCUCCUCCGAUCCGCUCUUCCCUCCCUCCGACCCACCCUCCGAGCUACCGCCGUCUCAGCUAUCAAACCUCAAAACGUGGUUUUCCAAUAUAGAAGUUAUGCUGCCGCUGCUGGACUGAGUAAAGACGAUAUCACUUCGAGGGUGUUGGACGUAUUGAAGAGUUUCGAAAAAGUUGAUUCUACCAAGCUCACACCAGGAGCUUCAUUCACCUCUGAUCUCGGACUCGACUCCCUCGAUGCCGUAGAGGUAGUCAUGGCCAUCGAAGAAGAAUUCGCCAUUGAGAUUCCCGAUGCUGAAGCCGAUGAAAUCACCACUGUUCAAAAAGCUAUCGAUUACGUAUCUCACUCUCCAGAAGGUUAG